AUGACAGAUGUGCAGAGAACUAUUGAGCAGCUUGCAAGGGGGGGCGCGGAUGGGGAGGGAGGUUUCACAUUUGCAAGCUCACAUGGCGGGGACACGGAGACGGACGAGACGGACUUUGAGAUGAGCGAUACGGAACGUGCAAACGAUGUGAACGGCGCGCAGGAUUGGCAUAAAGGCGCGCGGACGAAACUGGCUGAGAAGGCAAGGAGGGCGGUGGAGGAGGCUGAAGCGAUCAUGACUGGCAUUAUUGGGUCGUCUAGCGGUACUGGAAGGAUGGUCAGUGCCCCUCCGAUUGAGGCUGAGUGGAGCGACGAGGGCGACGACGAAGGGGGCCCUUUCGAUCGGAUGGAUUUUACAUCCCGGUCAAGCAAGGUCCAGAGGGAAAAACCUUACAUCCUGGAAGAGGACGAGGAGGUCGAGAAUGGCGAGGCUAGCAAGGGUGGCCAUGCCCAGGAUUUGUCGAUGGACGCGGCUACGACGAUCACUCAUUUAUCCUCUGAUUCUGGGGACCAUCUGCAAGGGAAGGACGAGUUGGAGGCGCAAACCGCUACAACGACAUCAUUCCCCGUCUUCCAGUCGCCUCCUCCAUCGAAUUUGCCGCCUCUUUUGGACGAAAAGAUCCCCUCUCCUGCCAGGUUACCAUCGGCUGUGAGGGAACAGUUCGCUAUUACACCCAUCCCAUUCUCAGCGGACAAGCAGAAACCCAGUAGCAUUCCAACGGACCCAACUGCUGCCUCACUAUCAAAACACAACAGCGUUAUGUCCUCGUUCUCGAGCAAUGCACCGAGUGUUGCUCUUGCUCCUGCUUAUCAACCUGUAGUGGAGGAAAAGGAGUCGAAAGAUUCACAACGUGGAUUGUACCAUGUUUUCGAUAGCUUUGCACCGCGCAAAUGCUAG